AUGUUCGACACGCUAUUCCGCGGUGGCGGCGGUUUCAAACGCUCCAAUGGCCCUGGAGCCAACAGCGGUGCGCCCGGUGCGUCCCGCGAGAUCACCUGCAUCGCCGAGUUCGAGUCACGUGCGGCCGAAUCGCUCGACCGGAAUGCGUUUGAUUUUUUCCGCAGUGGUGCCGGCGGCGAGCAAACGGCUCGGCUGAACCGGUCCUGCUUCGAGCGGAUUCGCAUCCGACCGCGCUGUCUGGCCCGGGUAGGGAAUCGUAGCUUGGCCGCGACGGUGCUGGGCCACUCGUACCUGAUGCCCAUCGGGAUUGGGCCGAUCGGGUUGCAACGGUUGGCGCAUUCCGAGGGCGAGAAGGCCACGGCGCGGGCUGCCCGGGCCAUGGGAGUGCCGUUUGUGUUGAGUGCCCUGUCGAGUGUUUCGAUUGAAGAACUGGCGGAAGUGAUUCCAAAGACCCCCAAGUGGUUCCAGCUGUACAUCUUCAAGGAUCGGGAAAUGACGGAAAACUUGAUUCGCCGGGCGGAACGGGCCCGUUACAAGGCCAUCGUAGUUACGGUUGAUGCCCCCGUGGUCGGUCUGCGACGAUCGGCGAUGAAACAUCCUACGACCCUACCGAGUAAGGUCACGAUGGCCAACUUUUGUCCGCCCCACAAUAACGUCUGCCAGAAGAACAUCGGAGCUUACGUGAGGAGCCAGCUCGAUCCAACGAUUGGGUGGGAUUCACUGCGGUGGUUGCUCAGCAUUACAAGUCUUCCCGUGGUUGUGAAGGGAGUGUUGUCGCGGGAGGAUGCGCUGAUGGCGGCUGAUUUGGGCGUUCAGGGUAUUAUUGUGAGCAACCAUGGUGGAUGUCAACUGGAUGGGGCGCCAGCGACGAUCGAAGUCCUGCCGGAAAUCGUCGAGGCAGUCGGCAACCGCGUCACCGUCAUGAUGGACGGCGGCAUCACCCAGGGAACGGACGUCUACAAAGCGCUCGCUCUCGGGGCUAAAAUGGUCUUCAUAGGCCGUGCCGCCCUGUGGGGACUGGCCGUCAACGGACAACACGGUGUGGAAGACGUGCUGGAUCUACUACGACUGGAGCUGGACUCGGCGAUGGCAAUUUCCGGCUGCAAGACUGUGAAGCAGAUUUGCGAGAACCAUGUGCGAUUUGAGUCGGAAUAUUUGAGACCGAGACCGAAGAUUUCGGACAAAUUGUACGUGGAUGAUGUGGAGGAAAUUCAGGAGAUUCCGAUGCCGGGUCGGAACUCACCGGAGCCUGGGCCAUCGGGUCGAGAUUCACCGGAACUUGAUGCGCCACCGCCGCUUCCGGAACCGUUGGUUCCGACUGGGGAGGAUGGUUUGGAGAAGUUCCCACGGGAAGACGAGGACGGCGUUGACGAGUGUGGCCAAAACACUAGCCAGUGGUGUCGGACGGUCAACAGUGCCGUGGAGGUGGUACGUGCCCCACCGAGGGCGACCCGAGAGGUUCGAGUCGUGCCGGAGGUGGCCAAGGUCUUGCAGCGGAACAUGAAGACGGAGAUUGGACGCCGGCAGCAGCAACCCAAGUGGCAGCCGAAGAACAGAGCCGCUUCGAUGCAUAAUUUAUCGAGUUUACGGAAGUCGGGGGACGAUUGCAGAUGUAUAUUUUAAUUGAGUUAGAGUUUUAAUAAAGUUUAUUUAUUGGAAUUUUCGUAUAA